CCCAGGCCUAGUCCCCACCCUCUCGUCUUCUCCUCGGCUUCUCCUCCUCUCUUAUCCUCCUCGGUUGCUCCCGCGGUGGAUUACGCAGGCGGCGCGUUUCGGGAGCGGCGACCUGAUCGGAGAGUACGUCGAUCUCUAGGGGAAAUGGACAAUCUGGACAUUCUUCGUGUCAGAUUUCAUUUUGGAGGGGAGUUUGAUUUCAACGGCCACUCUUUGCUGUAUGUGGGCGGGCGAAGUGCAAUGUCAUACUUGGAGAGGGACAAGGUUUCGUUGCCAGAGCUAAGAGGAUACCUAACUGAUCAUAUAGGGCUCACUGAUGAAGACCAAGUUACAUUUCACUGGUUGUUCCCUGGUAAAGAACUAAGCAAUGGAUUGAGGAACCUUAAUGAUGAUAAAUCCUGCAUCUAUAUGUCAGAUAGCAUUUCAGAGGGAGGAGUGGCUGAUAUAUAUGUCGAGGUAUUCAAGGAUUUCCCAGAUGACAAUGUUGUUAUGUCUGCUGGCACACCUGCAUGUGUUAUGUGCAAGGAGCCGAGGAGGAAGCUAGUUUUUGUCAGCAGUCCAUCUAAGGAGCAGAGUAACAAAAAUGUGAUGAAGCUGAAAGCCUUCUACAGUUCACCUGGAAAGAGUACAGGACACAAGUACACCUCAAAUGGGAAUGAAGAGGAUGCUUCUGAUGAUGAAGUUAGUGAAUCAGAUGAUGAUCAAGAGGGUGCUCAUGGUGAUGAAGGCAGUGAGUCAGAUGACAGUGACUAUAUUCAAGGAGAUGAGGAUACAUCAGAAGAAGAUGAGGAAGCAGUACAGAUGAGGCAGCAUGCCAAGGAAGCUAGGAAGAAUCCAAGUACAGUAGUUACUCCUAUCCCUGAGGCAUUGGUUCACCCUGAUGAAGAUGAUGAAGCCUUGGCACUUUGUGAUGACACUGAACCUGCAUAUAUGGACUCUAGUGAAGAAGCCUCCUAUGAUGAUGCAGAAGAAGGUGAAAGUGUUAGAAGGAAGAGUAGGUUCCCUAAGUUUGACAACAAAGCACCAAUACCAAAGUUUGUUGUUGACAUGGCAUUCAGGGGAAGAACUAAGUUCAAAGAAGCACUAAUCAAGUAUAGGCUAGCUGUGAGAAGACAUCUGAGGUUCCCCAAGGAUGAGAGAGCUAGGAUCAGAGCAAGAUGUUCUUGGUCUGAUUGUCAAUGGAUGAUCUAUGGUUCCAAGAGAACAAACAGUGAUUGGUUUCAAGUCAGAUCUUUCAAUGAUGUGCAUACAUGCCCUAAGAGGAGAGAUAACAGGUUGGUAACUGCUCGGAGGAUAGCUGAUAGGUAUGAACACAUCAUCAAGGCUAAUCCAUCAUGGAAGCUUCAGAACAUCAAGGAUACAGUAUUUUUUGAGAUGUUUGCUAAUGUGUCUCUGUCAAAGAUAAAGAGGGCCAAGGGGAUAGUGAUGACAAGGGUAUAUGAAUCAGCCAAGGGAGAGUACUCUAAGGUAUUUGAGUAUCAGGUAGAAAUUCUAAGAACUAAUCCUGGGAGCACAGUGGUAGUCUGCCUUGAUCCUGAUUAUAGUGAGCCUGUUCUUUCAGAGAAUUUAUGUUUGUUUUGAUGCUUGCAAGAAAGGUUUUUUAGCUGGGUGUAGGAAGGUAAUAGGACUGGAUGGAUGUUUCUUCAAGGGGGCUUGCAAUGGAGAACUUCUGUGUGCACUAGGAAGGGACUCAAACAACCAAAUGUAUCCUAUGGCCUGGGCUGUUGUAGAGAAAGAGAUAAGAGAUAGUUGGUUCUGGUUCCUGGGACUUCUUCAGAAAGAUUUGGAGAUUCCUUAUGGGGGGUUUGGGUGGGUCAUUAUAUCAGACCAGCAAAAGGGGCUUCAAAGUGCAAUAGCUGAUCUGUUGCCACAAGUUGAACAUAGAAUGUGCACCAGGCACAUUUAUGCCAACUGGAGGAAGAAAUAUAGGGAUCAAGCAUUUCAAAAGCCUUUCUGGAAGUGUACCAAAGCAUCAAGUGUACCUUUUUUCAACUUCUGCAAAGCCAAGUUAGCUCAGUUAACUCCUGCUGGUGCAAAGGACAUGAUGAAGAAUGAACCAAUUCAUUGGAGCAGAGCCUGGUUUAGGGUAGGGUCCAAUUGUGACAGUGUUGACAACAAUAUGUGUGAAAGUUUCAACAAUUGGAUAGUGGACAUCAGGGCAUUGCCUAUCAUUACUUUGCUAGAGGGUAUCAGGAUCAAGGUCUUUGUGAGGAUCCAAGAAAACAGAGCCAAGUUAGCCAAGUGGUCAGGAAGGGUAUGCCCAAACAUUCUGAAGAAGCUAAACAAGUAUAUUAACCUAGCUGGGAAUUGUCAAGCAAUCUGGAAUGGGAAAGAUGGCUUUGAGGUCAAGGACAAAGACAAGAGAUACAUUGUUGACAUAAAGAAGAGAAUUUGUUCUUGCAGGUACUGGCAAUUGGGGGGUAUUCCUUGUGCACAUGCAAUUACUGCCCUAUUUUUCAGCUCUAAGCAGCCUGAGGACUACAUACAUGAUUGCUAUUCAGUGGAGCACUACAAUAGGAUUUAUGACCAUUGCAUGUAGCCAAUGGAGGGCAUGAGGCAGUGGAAACCUACUGAUCAUCCUAAGCCAGGUCCUCCAGGUUAUGUCAAAUUACCAGGCAGGCCAAGAAAGGAGAGGAGGAGGGAACCAGGAGAAGCUAAGAAGGCCACAAAGAUGUCCAGAGUAGAAACUAAAGUGAAAUGCCCGAUGAAUGUAGCUGGGACCAUAAAAAGAAGCAUCCUUGAGAGAGCUAAAGAGGCAAGCAUCUUACCUUGUGCAUUUAUCUAAGUACUUAGAUGUCAAACUAACAUGGCUAUGUUAGUUGCAGGUUCAAGAAUCCAGCAAACGACAAAAGAGGUCUAGGAAGGUAGCAAGUAGCUCAGACACUGCAGUUGAUACCACCACUAUUCCAUCCCAGAGCAGCAUCAAUAGAACUGCAAGGGGGAAAAGAGCACCUGCCAUGUCCACCAAAUCCAGGACCCUCAAGAAAUGAACUAGCCAAGUUACCAAGGAUGCAAAAUUUUGGUUGUAAUAUAGCUCUAAGUAGCACUACUUUUGUUCUGUGAUGGGAUAUAGCUCAAGUUCUACUCCUUCGGUUCACUGAUGCAAUAUAGCUCUAGUACUUUGUUCUGUGAUAUGAUAUAGCUCCAGUUCCAGUAUUUUGGUUCAUUGAUGUAAUAUAGGUCCAGUUUCAGAACUCUGUUUUAGUACUCUCGUUCAGUGAUGCCACUGUUAUUUCAGUAAGUGUUCCUAUUCUGGAUA